AGUGUUGUCUGUCUUUUCUUUGCUCCGGAAUAUGCAGGUUAAGAUUAGAAGCGCUGAGCGCGGCUUCUUGGGUGGACUGUGGGUAUCCUGCAGGGCCAGGCUUUAACAGGACGAGGUGUUUCUUCUCUGACUGAACUCAUGGCAGCCAAAGACAAAGACAAAGUUCCAGACAUUGCUGUGUUGGAGGACAAGACUUGUUUGCUAUUGCUUUUGUAAAUUUUGCUCAAUGAUGAUUUGUUAGUUAUCCUUCCUUCUCUCUCUCUCUCUCUCUUUCUGCCACCCCCCGACCCCUCCCCACCCACCUCCUCAUCUCUCUCCCUCUCUACUCUUCUUGCUCUCUUCUACCUCCUCCAAUGGCAUAGCGGUGAGAUUUGCACAUUGCACAGUUCCGUGGGUUGCCAAAACAGAAAAAACAGUAUCAAAGUUUGCCGAUAGGCUGUGACAAUCAGGUGUGCUGCUGGGAAAUGUCUGCCUGCGUCCUGCAGACGGAGGGAUGAAGCGCCAAGGAACUUUUACCGCCUCUGGAAGACUUUUACCGCAGUGAUUGUGCGUGAGCAAGUUGUUUGGUUGAAAUACAAGGCCAAUCAUUUGUCUUGAUUUCAUGGGCUGAGAAGAAGCGAGCUAAGAGGACGGAACGAACAAAAACCCCUCCAUCAAGACCUGAUCCAUUUCCACAAACAGUUUAGUGUAUUCAUGAGGUUACGCUAAUGUGGAGGCAGCAAAAUUACUGUAAUCAGUUGAAACAGCGAGUUGCGCAUCCAUCGCUAUGAUUAUUCGGAGAUAAUUUAUCAGCCCGAUGUCUUUGUAACAAGGAAAGGAGGGCGCUAAAUUACUGCUGAGUUUUACUGAGAAGUCGGCGAUCAUUGGACAAGGGAGUUUGGUCAGUGACAAUCCACGGUACCAUAUUCUCCGUAAUCUCCUUUUCACCUGACAAAAGGAGGUGAGCCUGAGGUCCAGGAGGAUAAUCCCAGCAUGGAAGUUAGGUACAACCAAGAGACAGAAGCAAUGGUACUAAAGAACCGACUAAAGGAGGGAAAAGACGGGAAAGAUUCCCAGGGCAACCUGUCCAAAGGCUUCCUGAAGGAACAGCAGGACUCCUUUUCACCGUCUGGGAAUAUGGAAAACUGUGAGAAGAACAGGGGCGGCUCCGGGGACCCCGACUACUGUCGGAGAAUCCUGGUCCGAGAUGCUAAAGGCUCCAUCCGGGAAAUCAUCCUGCCCAAAGGUUUGGAUCUGGACCGACCGAAGCGAACGCGCACGUCCUUCACUGCAGAGCAGCUGUAUCGCUUAGAGAUGGAGUUUCAGAGGUGUCAGUAUGUGGUCGGCAGGGAACGCACAGAACUGGCCCGUCAGCUUAAUCUCUCAGAAACUCAGGUGAAGGUCUGGUUUCAGAACCGCCGCACCAAGCAGAAGAAGGACCAGGGAAAGGACUCCGAGUUGCGUUCUGUGGUUUCAGAGACGGCUGCGACUUGCAGCGUGCUCAGACUGCUGGAACAGGGGCGGCUUCUGACACCUCCGGGCCUGCCGGGCCUCCUGCCCCACUGUGGUUCUGCCCUGCGCCCCCCCUCCAUCACCAUGGCCAGCAACAGCAGCAGCAGCAGCAGCAGCAGCAGCAGUGGAGGCAGCGGCGGGACGGCUGGCGGUAGCCCACCGCUGCCCGCCGUCACCGCUUCAGGGACGGCGGCCGGGCUGCAAGGCUCACAGACGGCUCACGGCUUUUUCAGUUUCCCGCUUCCAUCCAUUUUGAGCGGCGUGGCGACCCGCAUUUCAUCCAACCCCCUUUCAAUGGCCGGCUCUUUGGCGGGAAACCUCCAGGAGCUUUCUGCACGUUACCUGAGCUCCUCCGCCUUCGAGCCUUACUCCCGGACCAAUGGCAAAGAAGCCAUGGACAAGAAAAUUCUGGAAUGAUGGUUUGUGUAUUGAUUCUGGUACGGAUUCCUGUUGCUUCUGGAAGACUUUAGUUUGUUUGACUCGUCCGUUCCUGUCUUUGUUUGGUUCCACCAGGUGUCAUCUGUCGGUGUCAUGUUCUCUAACAGCUUCUGUAUUCCCGCAUAUCUGGCAUCUUGUUCAAGGCAAGAAGAAGCAAGGAAGAACACAAAAAAAAACCACACAAAUCUCAGAUGUCAGUAGAAGGGUUUUUGCACAAA